UUAGUGAAACGGAAUUUUCACUCUAGUCGACCAUUAAGUAAAGAAGAUUAUUAUAAAACGCUUGGUAUCAAAAAAGAUGCAACAGCGAAGGAGAUCAAAAAGGCCUACUUCCAGCUGGCUAAAAAAUAUCACCCAGAUGUCAAUAAAACUAAAGAAGCACAGGAAAAAUUUCAAGAAAUUUCCGAAGCAUACGAGGUAUUGAGUGAUGAAAAUAAACGCCAAGAAUACGACACGUUUGGCUCAGGCGCAGGAGCUGGAGGUCCUGGCAGAGGAGGAGGUCAGUGGCAGUAUAAGGGCAAUGUCGAUGUUAACGAAAUCUUCCGACGUGCAUUUGGCUUCGGUGGGGAUGGAACAUUCAACUGGGAUUCGUUUGCUGACAGCCAAUUUGGCCAUUCACAUGCUCAAGAAAUGGUCAUGGACCUUUCAUUUGAGGAGGCUGUGCGAGGAACGCAGAAAAAUAUUUUCGUAAACGUGGUGGAAGACUGUCCUAGAUGUCGAGGGACCCAAGUGGAGCCGGGUUUCAAGAAGGUUUCAUGUCCAUAUUGCAAUGGUACUGGAAUGAUAACGCAACGACUGCAAGGGGGUUUCUUCUAUCAAGCAUCUUGUAAUCGUUGUGGCGGUUCUGGUCAUUAUAACAAGAAUCCCUGUCAAGAGUGCGAAGGCCAUGGGCAGAGUGUUCAGCGAAGGCAAGUUUCGUUCAACGUUCCGGCUGGUACCAAUGACAAGGACCGCGUGCGGUUCCAAGUUGGAAAGAAUCAAAUCUAUAUGAUGUUCAACGUAGCUCCUUCACUGAAAUUCCGACGCGAUAAAGACGACAUUCACUGCGAUGUAGAAAUUUCUAUUGCCCAAGCUGUACUUGGUGGCACAGUGAAGGUUCCGGGUAUUAUGGAAGAUACCUACGUUCAUGUGCCUCCCGGAACAUCAAGUCAUACCAAGAUGAGGCUCACUGGUAAAGGAGUGAAACGGUUGCAUUCAGCUGGUUAUGGUGAUCAAUAUAUUCACAUCAAAGUUGCUGUACCUAGUUACUUGAGUGCUGAACAAAGAGCGUUGAUGCUUGCAUGGGCUGCUACUGACAAGCCGAAAAGUGGUACAGUGAAAGGUUUUGAUGAUUCCAGUGGCUAUGUGCAUGAUUCGAAGGGUGAGGCGAAACAAGAAGACACCGAAUCUAGCAAGGAGCGGAAAAGCAAACAAUCUGCUUCUUCUUGA